CGCAGAUACAAUUAUCUCGAUCGAUACAGACCGACUACCCCAACUCUGGUCGGAAGCAAAUUGGAUCCGACUGACAAAUUCCCAUGCGGGAUUUCCUCAACUGUGGAGACCAACAGCUCCGGAUCGGCUUAUACAGCCAAUCAACAGUAUCCAAAUGGAUGUCUUUGCCCGUCGCAACGGGGUCUAUUCACUCCGAUGCCCACGACUCGAACCGCAUAAAUACUUCCAUAGACCCUCGCUUUCUCUGCAAGAACCAACAGUCAGAAAAACUUCAAACAAUUACUACCGUCUCCAACCAUGGCCAUCAUUGCUGUCGCCGGUGGAACCGGCAAUGUGGGACGCGCUAUCGUCGAGAUAUUGAGAGACACCACGAACCACCCCGUCUAUGUUUUGACAAGACAGGCCGACGACGAUCUAGCAAAAGAGCUAGGCGUCGCACUGCUUUCUGCGGACUAUUCCAAUGUCGCAUCCCUCACCAACCUGCUAGAAAGCAACAAGAUCGACACCGUCAUAUCGACCGUAUCCAUCAUGGACGACACCACCAGCAACGCCCAACUAAACCUCAUCGAAGCCGCCGAGAACUCAUCAAGCACAAACCGAUUCAUCCCGAGCGAAUUCGGCCUACGCUACACCCAAGAACACGCAGCGCUCUUCCCCCCCAUCACAGGCAAACUGGCCGCCGCGCAAAAGCUGCAAUCAUCCCCAAGCCUCGAGUACAGCCUGAUCGCGACCGGGUUCUUCCUCGAUUACUACGGGAUGCCGAAAGUCAAAAGCUACCUCAAGCCAUUCGUCUGUGCCGUCGACGUGGCGCACAACACGGCUGCGAUCCCGGGAUCGGGCGACGUGCCCGUCGCGUUCACGCACACCUUCGACGUGGCCCGGUUUAUCGCUGCCCUCGUUGGCGCGCCGGACUGGCCCGAGCGGAGCACUAUCAUCGGCGACAAGAAGACGUGGAAUGAAAUGGUUGCUAUCGCGGAAGAGGUCAAAGGAGUCAGAUUCAACGUCACGCACGACAGCGAAGAGAAGUUGAAAACCUUCCAGGCGACAGAGCUCCCAUCGCAUCCGUCCAUGUACGCAUUCAUGCCCAAGGAACAGCUCCAGUACAUUCUUGCUACAUUUGGCCGCUGGUCAAAUGCCGGCGGCUUGGAUCUGCCCGAGGACGAGUCGCUCAACCGCCGGUUCCCGGAGAUCCAGCCGCGGAGUGUCCGCGAUGUUCUAGAGGAGGGGUGGAAGGCUUGAGAGGCGUUAUCCUUUGGACGCCCGUUAUCUGGUUCAGAUUUUUGAUCUUUAUAUAUAUGUUCAUACAUUUCGGACCUGGUGAUCUGGUGGUCGAUGGUUAGUCGUUGGGGAUGGUGAGGGUUUGUGUCGUGGAUCGAGAAACUCUGAACUGCCGCUUGUCAAGGUACCUGGAUGGUUUGAAACAAGAUGAACAACUUGCGUGAUAUGUAUCUAAAUCUACUUACUGAUACUGCUAAUAGC